AUGUCGGUGAUGGGCUCCUGCGAGCGGGGGGCUUCCAGCCUGGGCAGCCCCCCGUUACCCGCCGGCUGCUUCACCCAGGUCUACACGCCGGCGGCUGUCAGCGUCCCGGCUCCCUGGGGGGGGUGUCUCCAUGCCACCCCCCAGGGCCCCCAACUCAGGACCCUCCACUCGGCCUCGGUGGGACGGCUGCCGUUCGGGGGGACGGGGAUCUUCGAGGACGUGGCAGUGACGGCGAAGCAGCAGGCGCUGCGGGGGGAGCUGGCCGAGCUGGCCAGGACGGAGAGGACGCUGGACCAGCUCCUGCAGGACUGUGCCCUGCAGCUCCGGCAGCUGACCGACGACGAAGCCAACCAGAGGCUGGCGUACGUCACCUACCAGGACCUUCGUUCCAUCAGCGACUUCCAGGAGCAGACGGUAAUCGCUGUGAAGGCUCCCCCGGAGACGCAGCUGGAGGUGCCUGAUUUCAGCGAGGACAACCUCCAGCUCCACCUGAAGAGCACCAAUGGCCCCAUCGAGGUGUACCUCUGCCCGGAGGAGAUCACAGAGGAGAGCCCCACCAAGGACCACGGUGUCCCCUCUGCCGCCCCCUCCCCACGGGACCCUGCCAGACACCCUUCCCCACCAAACAGCCCCCAGCCAGCCCCACAGCCACUCCACACCAUCCCCCAGAGCUGGGGGGGCACAGGAACCCCCUCCUCAUCCCCAUCUCUGCCUCUCACCGUCCCAGGGGGGCCCAGCUCGCUGCUGGAGGUGGAGGCCGGGCUCCUGGGCUCCCCCCCCCACCUCCUGCAGCAGACGGAGGACCAGCUGCCCUGCACCCCCUCCCACCUGGACUCGGGACCCUUCGUCUCCUUCUCACCCCCCCUGGAACAGGACGACUAUCUCUGGGGGUUGGAGGGUGAGGGUGUCAGUGACCUCUUUGAGGCAUACGACUUGGGGGACCUGCUGAAGAUUUGAGCCUCCCCCCAGUUCUCCAUUGCUUUUGUCUCCUCUGGUCUCUUGUGUCCUGAGCACGUGAGGUCUCUGUGGGGCUGCUGGAGAGUGUGGGGUGGG